AUGGAGCCGGGGGCGGACGGGGCGGGCCCGGGCCCGGGCCUGGAGCUCGCCGAGCUCGAUCCCGAGCCUGAACUCGAUCCCAAACCCCAUCCCAAGCCGGAUACCGGUGCUGGUCCCGGUCCCGAUCCCGGUACCGAUCCCGGUCCCGGUCCCGGUACCGAUCCCGAUGCCGAUCCCGAUGCCGAUCCCGGCCCCGGUACCGAUCCCGCUCCCGAUGCCGAUCCCGAUGCCGAUCCCGGCCCCGGUACCGAUCCCGCUCCCGAUCCCGGUCCCGGUCCCGGUCCCGGUGCGGCGUCCGGCGCGGACUGGGAGCGCCAGCAGCGAAUCGCCGCCCGCCGGAACCGCAUCGAUGUCCGGCGCCGGGAAGCGCUUGGAGAGAAGGUGGAGCAGGAAGAGGAGGAGGAGGAGGAGGAGGAGGAGAGGAAGAGCCUGAAACUGAUCGAGGAGACCGAGAGGGCCCUGGCCAAGCUGCUUUUCCACGGGACGCAGCUGCUGACGGACGUCCAGGUGGAAUCCGAUCUCCGGGAAUCGCGGCGGCGGGAAAAGGAGGGGCAGGAGAAGCUGAGGAGGUUGGAAAAGCUGGAGGCGGAAGCCAAGCACGGCACGGAAAAGUUGGCGGAGAUCAACUCCAAGUGGGCCGUGGUGGGGGACGUGAGGGUCCCGCAGGAAUUGUGGGAGCUGCUGGAGCAGCAGCGGCAGGAGUGCGAGGAGCUCCUGGCGGGGAAGAACCGGCUCAUCCGAGAGCUCCAGGAGGAGCUGAAGGCCAAGGACGAGCAGUACGAGCGGGCCCUGAAGGAGCAGGCGGACGCCAUCCAGGUGCUCCUGGAAAGGAUGGAAGAGCAAACCAGGAAUAUGCUCAAAGCCUACCGGCACCACGUCCGGCAGAUCGAGAAAACGUUCGAGGAGGAGCGGCGGGAGAUGCUGGUCAGCAACCGGAAGAGGUGGAAUGAGGCCAUGCGGGCCCACAACGAGCAGGAGCUGGAAUUCCUGCGGAAGCAGAUGGACAAGGCGCUGGAUUUCGAGCAGCAGCUGAACGAGCUGCAGGAUGAGAGCGUGGAGAUCUACGACAACAUGAAAUUCCAGCUGGAACAGGAUGUGGAGUACCUGGAGAGGAAACUCCGGCAGAUGAAGGGGAUUUACCACCUGAACCAGGUGAAGCUGGAAUACAACCUGGACGUGCUCCGGCAGCUGGACGUGGAAAACUCCACGCUCCGGUCCCUGCAGAAAAGGAAAAUCAGCCGGUUCCGGACGUCCCUGGAGCUGCUGAAGGACAGGAUGGCCAAGCAGGAGGCGCGAUUCCAAGAGGAGAAGCAGGGCCUGGAAGCGGAGCUGGAGCGGGUGACCGGGCAGUUCCAGGAGACGCGCGACCGGAUGAGGCGGCUGCUGCGCGGCAGCGCCGAGCGCUUCCGGCAGGUCUGGAUCGUCAACGAGGAGGAGGCCAAGGCGCUGAUCCGGCAGCUGCUGGACGCCGACCGCGUCAUCCACGUCCAGCAGCUGGGAAUGCCGUGGGAAGAGCCCCGCUUGCGCUUCCUGGACAACGUGGGACCCCUGGGGCGCUGCCGGGAGAAGGGGGACGCCCUGCAGCUGGCCGCCAAGCUGCUGCAAGGGAUCAAGUCUGGAAAACCGGAGCAGGAAGGGAGGAGGAGUAAGAAGAAAGGAGCACGGAGCGCAGAGGGAGGCAAGGAAAACCAGGAAAGGAUCGAGGAAAGACUCACAUCCCGGCCAGGCAUUCCCAGGAAAACCCUCCGGAGAAUCCUGGAGGUCGUGAGCGAGGAGUCGGCGUUCCUGCUGGAAAACAAACUCCUGAAGCCGCUGCGGGAGGUGGUGGGACCCAGGAACGACGUCCGGCAGCUGCGAUCCGUCUUCGAGGCCCUGCGGAUCGAGGACGAGGACGAGCUGCGCGAGCUCGUGGAUUUUUUCCUGGACUACGAAUCCCACAACGCGCCCAAGAUCCAGGUCAGCCAGGUAGAAGAUUCCUCGGAUCCGGCUGAGGACCGAGGGAAGAGGGAUCAGCGCCGACCCCCCGGGAGCACCCCGCGCAUCCCGUCCAUCCAAGUGGACCAUGUCCUGACGAUCCUGAGGGAAUUCCUGCAGGAAUUUGUCAAGCUGAGGGACGAAGGCCCCCCCAAGGAAAUCCAGGAUGUCCGGGACAAUUCCAAGGACGGGGAAUACUGGGAAGCCAUGACCCGCAUCAUUCCCCAGCGGAACCUCAAACUUUGGGAUGCGCUUGGAGCCGCACUCUUGGAAUAUCACAAAGUCCUGACCCGGAGAUCCGAGCUCUUUUCCGAGGCCACCGCCCUGCAGCGGCAGAACUCGGAGCUGGGAAUGCUGCUGGAGGAAUAUUUGGGAUCCACACAAGGCCGCCUCCACCCCCGCUCUUCCCACCAGUCCCAUCUCCUCAUUCCCACAUUCCCAGCGCGGAUUCCCAGCCGCGUUUAUCUUUGACCUUGGACUCGCAGCCUUUGGAAAGCACGGCUCCAAAGGUUUGGGAAAAC